UAAGAGAAAUGAGUACGUACACGAGUACGAGUACACACUCAUGUGCGCGUGAUUAUCUUCGAUCGUUUUAUUAUUUCUUAUUUCAAUAAGUAAUUUAAAUGUAAUGGCAGUGAUGGUUUAUAAAAAUAUAUCGUGCAGUGAGUUAUUGCUGUGUAAUUGAUAAAUUAAAAGUAUAAUUGACUAAAAUAAUAAUGAGUUCAUAAUAUAUAUUAAGUCCGUUAAAAAAAUAAAAAAAUAUAUAUAUAAAAUUAAAAAGAGACAACACGAGAAGUCAGGAUAUUGCGUAUUGAAAUGUCGACACAUAUUUUAUGUUUCAUUUAUUUUUAAAAUAUUUAAUUAAAUAUUUAGUAUAUUAUUUUGUGUUUUAUCAGUUUAUAAAUAUAAGCGCAUUAUGAUAAUACAGUGUAUUAAUUUUAUGAAAAAGGCUUAACAAUUGAUUUGUAAAUUGAUAAGCAUUGAAAAUUAUAUAUUCGAUGCUUGAAAUUCUGAUAAAUAAAUCGUGAAAACGUGAGCCAUGAACGCGGCUGUAAUUGAUGUUCUUCAGCGAGCUGGUAGUCAGGAUCCAAAUGUCCUGAAACCAGCAGAAGGAAUGCUGAGAGAAUGGGAAACUCAAAGUGGAUUUUAUACAGCUCUAUGUAAUGUAUUUUCUAAUCAUUCAUUGCCUGUAAAUGUAAGAUGGAUGGCUUUGUUAUAUUUCAAGAAUGGUGUCGAGAGAUAUUGGAGAAAAAAUGCGCCAAAUGGAAUAGCCGAGGAAGAGAAAGAAUUUUUACGACGUAGUCUAAUAGCAAGUUUCGAUGAGCCAGUAAAUCAAUUAGCGACUCAUUUAGCAGUCGUCAUUGGAAAAAUAGCCAGGCUUGACUGUCCCCGUGAAUGGAACACUUUGAUACCUACACUAAUUGAAGUAAUUGGUGGGCAAAAUUCCAUAGCAAAACAUCGUGGUUUAUUAACACUUCAUCAAGUCGUAAAAACAUUGGCGUCCAAACGUUUGAUGGCAGAUCUUAAAUUAUUUGAACAAUUAACGACAAAUAUUUUCAACUUCAUUCUUAAUCUAUGGAACACAUAUACCGAGUCAUUCUUAAUAUUGGCAUCAAAUCCCGCAGCGCCAGAAAAUCAAAUCCAAGAAGCUUUAGAAAUGGCACUGCUGUCAUUAAGAAUAUUAAGAAAACUUACCGUCAAUGGUUCUUUUAACAGUAUAUCCAAAUCUGAAGAUGCGAUGCUUUUUUUAAAAGUUAUUUUUCCAAGAGCUAAAGCAUGUUUGGAGUGUCGUAAGACAUUAAUGUUCCGUGGUAUACAAGUUGAAUCACUUGAAAAAUUUAUCGUACAUUUGACCAAAGUUUUAAACGAAUCACUAAAUAAUCAUCCUAAAUGUUAUGUCGAAUUUAUACCACCGUCAUUGGAGUUUACGGUCUUUUAUUGUUUUACCGAAGAGGGAAAAGCAUUGACGUUUGAAAAAUUUGUAAUACAGUCUCUGAAUCUUAUGAAAAUGAUACUAAUUCAUUCAGAUUACAGAAGACUAUCAGCAACUAAAAGUCCGAAGGAUUGCGUUGCACAGCGGGCCCAUGAAUUGAAACAAGAAUUUUUCACACCGGAAAUACUAAAAGAGAUUUGCUCGAAACUUGUUACUCAUUAUUUUUUACUUACGCAAGAAGAUUUGCAAAUGUGGGAUACAGACCCGGAAAAUUUUACUGUUGAAGAUGCGCGGGAAUUAUGGAAGUAUAAUUUACGGACAUGUACACAAUCUCUUUUCUUAUCAAUAUUCCCGCAAUCGAGUGAUGUUAUGUCAGGUGUACUAAUGGAGUUGAUGCGGAGAUAUCAUCAGCCAGUGGAUCCAAAUGAUUGCCAGGCGAUUUUAAUGAAAGAUGCGAUUUACCUUGCGGUUGGACUUGUUGCCUUUGAUCUUUACGAUGAAGUUGAUUUUGAUCAGUGGUUCUCUACAACGCUCAGACAAGAGUUAGAAGUUAAAAGUAAUAAUUAUAGGAUUAUUAAGAGACGUGUUUGUUGGGUUAUUGGAAAAUGGGCGCGUGUUAAGUUGAGCGAAAAAUUAAUUCCUGAACUUUACAAAAUGAUGAUUAAGGCUUUGAGUUCGGAGGAAGAUCUUGUUGUACGUUUAGAGGCUAGUAAUACAUUGAAACAGGCGUUAGAUGAUUUUCAAUUUCAUAUUGAUGAGUUUAUGCCGUUUCUUGAAACUACAUUUUUAUUGCUAUUUAAUCUUUUACGAGAAGUUACUGAGUGCGACACCAAAAUGCAAGUCCUGUAUGUUUUAUCAUUCGUGAUAGAACGAGUUGGUAAUGAUAUUCAGCCUUAUAUUGGACCACUCACAACUUAUUUGCCACAACUUUGGGAAAUAUCUGAGACACAUAAUAUGAUGAGAUGUGCCAUAAUUUCUAUUCUUGUACAUUAUGUAAAAGCUCUACGUUCUGAAUGUAUUAUUGUUGAACCAAUGAUAGUAAGUAUGGUGAGUUUAAGUUGUGAUCUAAAUCAAGAUGCUCAUGUAUAUUUGAUGGAAGAUGGUUUAGAAUUAUGGCUUGCACUUCUUGAAAAUAUUUCAACACCAACACCCGGAAUAAUGGAACUUUUUAAGAACAUGCCUGCUCUUCUAGACUCAGGACUUGAUCAAGUAACUUUUAAGCCGGCUAUUAAUAUUAUUCAAGCAUAUGUAUUAUUAAGUCCUCGAGAUUUUGCAGGAGAAUUAGGAAGACGUGUAAUCGAAGGUAUCAGAUCUAUUAUGUCUGACUUACAUUCACAAGAUUCCUUGCCAGUGAUGGAAUUAUUAGAAACAAUAUUAAGAGUCGCUCCUGAACAAGGAGCGCAAUUGAUAAAACCUAUUUUGACUAAAAUUUUCAAACUUGUUUAUUUGGGUGAAGAAUAUCAACUCAUAAUGGUGAUGAGUAUGGGUCUUAUUAUAACUUCUCGUGUAUUACUUAAUACGAGAGAUGUUUUUGCUCAGGUAAUAAGUGAACUGGUAAAAGAAAUCGGGGGUGAGGAAAACGAAGGGACGGUAAUGACCCGAAUAAUAGACGUGUGGCUUGUUCAUAUGUCAUAUGUAACUCAGUCUGAAGGAAUGAAAAUUCUUGCACUCGCUUUGUGUUCUCUUCUCAAUGCCAAUAGUCCACCUGUUGUGUUUCAAAAUUUCUCGACAAUUAUUUCAAGUAUUGUUGAGGUUUUAAAUGAUAUAAUGAGAGUUGACGAUAGGGAAUGUUAUAUUGAUUCGUUAUUACUGGUUAAUAAUGUAGCAGAUGAGCAUGCAACUUCUGCUGAAGAAAAUGGACAACAUAAGACUGAACACCAGUUAAGACUAAAACGAUUGGACUUUGAUGACCCAGUUCGUACUGUUUGUCUAAAAGAAUUUUUGCAAAAUCAAUUGAAUACACUGCGAAGAAUAAUGAAUACCAAUCAAUUUGAUCAAAUGAUUGCGACAUUACGGCCGGAAAUCGAUCAACAAUUAAGGGAGUACAUUACUCUUUGAAUAAUAUUUAUUAUUAAUUAUCAGGGAUCGGCUAAAAAUAAUAAUAAUUUAUACAUUAAUUAUAACAAUAAUAAUAAUUAUAACAAUGAAAAGUUCAGUAAUUAUACUAAUAAUGAGAGAAAGUGAUAAAAUAUAAAUUUAUUUGAUGAAUGAAUUAUCAUUGUGAAUGUUAAUAUUCGAUAAAACCGUGUAAAAAGCUUCCACGAAACCACACCAUUGUAAAAUGACUCUAUUUUACUGUACAAUAUUGUCUGUUUCACUGUAUUAAUAAUGUUGAUAAUAAUAAUAAUAAAAAAUAGGGUUUCA